AUGUCAGCCCUCAAUGCUGGAGGCGAACUGCCUAAGCUUCCUACCAAGAUCUCAUACUGGCGGCUCCUGUUUGACCAGAAAGUCAUCACCGAAGAUGUCGCUCGAUACCCGUACCCCGGUUCAGGGACCGAGGAGGAUCCGUUUGUUGUAACUUGGUUGCCGGACGACCCCCGCAACCCGAUGAACUUCAGCAACUUCAGGAAAUGGUACAUUACAAUCCUCGUUUCGAUAGUGACGCUGGCGGUCGCAUUGGUCUCAUCUGCGUAUUCCGGGGGAACCAAACAAAUCAUUGAGGAAUUCCACACCCAACAGGAAGUCGCCAUCCUGGGUGUCUCAUUAUUCGUGCUUGGAUUCGCUAUUGGGCCUUUGAUCUGGGCGCCGCUGAGCGAGAUGUAUGGCCGGCGCCAUAUCUUCACUUUUACCUACAUGUGCCUGACCGCAUUCAAUGCUGGUGCGGCGGGCGCCCCGAAUAUCCAAACCCUGAUCAUCCUGCGCUUUUUCGCCGGCGCCCUUGGCUCGUCUCCCUUUGGAAACGGCGGUGGCACCAUCUCGGACAUGUUCAAUGCUUCGCAGCGUGGGAUUGCCGUGAGUCUUUUCGCCGCCGCGCCUUUCCUUGGCCCGACGAUUGGUCCGGUGGCGGGAGGAUUCCUCGCGGCCGGCGCAGGUUGGCGCUGGGUGGAAGGGCUUCUCGCCGCAUUCUCCGGUACUCUGUGGCUUUGCGUGAUCUUCUUUCUCCCUGAGACCUACGGUCCUGUUCUUCUUCGCCGCAGGGCCGCGCAGCUGUCUAAAAUGAGCGGCCAGGUAUAUCGCAGUAACCUCGAUAUUCAACGCGGAGAUAUCUCCACACUCAAGACUCUUAAAGCGUCCCUCUCUCGCCCUUGGAAGCUUCUGUUCCGGGAGCCAAUUGUGAUUUUAUUUUCGAUUUACAUGUCAAUCAUCUACGGUACGCUGUACAUGCUUUUCGCAGCUUACCCCAUUGUCUACCAGGAGGGCCGAGGCUGGAGCGAGGGAAUUGGCGGUCUUGCGUUCAUGGCCGUUCUUGUGGGGAUGCUUAUAGCCAUUUCACUCACAUUCCCCAUUAACGCGAGGUACAGGAAGAAGUGCGCCCAGACAACCGAUCGACUGCCGCCAGAGGUCCGGCUGCCACCUGCCAUGUUGGGAGGUGUCGCUCUGCCAAUUGGACUCUUCUGGUUCUCAUGGACCAACUCCCCGAGCAUCCACUGGAUGGCAUCUAUCGCUGCCGGUGCGCCGUUCGGCUUCGGCAUGGUCAUGGUCUUCCUGAGCGUCUUCAACUACCUCGUUGACUCGUAUACGAUCUUUGCGGCGUCCGUUCUGGCUGCCAAUUCUCUGCUCCGAUCUCUAUUUGGCAUGGCCUUCCCGCUUUUCACGACGUACAUGUACCAGAACCUGGGCAUCCACUGGGCGUCGUCUAUCCCGGCCUUUUUAUCGCUUGCAUGUGUGCCAUUACCAUUUUUGUUCUACAAAUACGGUGCCCGAAUUCGUAAGCACUGUACUUUUGCAGCCGAGGCAGACGCGUUCAUGCAAAAGCUUGCGGAGAAAAAUCAGGCUGCCAACCGACCAGAAGAACGAUCGGAAGAGAAAGCAGAAGAACGACCGGAAGAGAAAGCAGAAGAGAAAUCAGAAGGGGAUAACGACUCUGGUGAUAUCAGUGAGACCGACAGUCUGUCGACUGUUCCUUCGCGUGUUUCGCUUGGCCGCCGUGCGUCGCGAGCGUCGCGUCAAUCCGGACGCUCUAUGCGCCGCACCGUGACUGCUACACAGUACGAAGAAAAUCUUUUUGACCUAGAUCUCGUCAACACUCGGAACUCAGCGAUCAGCGGUCACAAGAAAAAUUGA